UGCAGAAAAAGCCUAAGUGUGAAGCGACAAUCGCGAACUGCCCUUUCUUGUAAUACCCACCCCCACAAUAUAAAGUUAUAAACCCUUGGGUUCUCAUCUCUCUCAAACCCGUCUGUAUUCGUCUCUUUCACUUUACUUCGAAAUCUAUAUCUACUCUGCUCUCGCUCUAUUUAAUCAGUCAAUCAUGUCUUCCUUCAAGGGCAAAUACGCCGAUGAGCUCAUUGCCAAUGCUGCCUACAUUGGCACUCCUGGUAAGGGAAUUCUUGCUGCUGAUGAAUCAACUGGGACAAUCGGAAAGCGUCUGGCAAGCAUCAACGUUGAGAAUGUUGAAACAAACAGGCGUGCUCUUCGUGAGCUCCUAUUCACCGCCCCUGGUGCUCUCCCAUGCCUCAGUGGUGUCAUCCUCUUCGAGGAAACCCUGUACCAGAAGACUGCAGCAGGCAAGCCCUUUGUUGAUGUGUUGAAGGAAAGUGGAGUGCUACCUGGUAUUAAGGUUGACAAGGGCACUGUUGAGCUUGCUGGAACCAACGGUGAGACAACAACUCAAGGUCUUGAUGGCCUUGCUCAGCGUUGCCAGAAGUACUAUGAAGCUGGUGCUCGGUUUGCCAAGUGGCGUGCUGUGUUGAAGAUUGCUCCAACUGAGCCAUCUCAGCUGGCUAUCAAUGAGAAUGCCAACGGGUUGGCUAGAUAUGCUAUCAUCUGCCAGGAGAAUGGUCUUGUUCCAAUUGUUGAGCCUGAGAUCCUGGUUGAUGGUCCCCAUAGCAUUGAGAAGUGUGCUGAUGUAACCGAGCGUGUGCUCGCUGCAUGUUAUAAGGCUUUGAAUGAUCACCAUGUCCUGCUUGAGGGUACUCUGUUGAAGCCCAACAUGGUUACCCCUGGAUCAGAGGCCCAUAAGGUUGCACCUGAGGUGAUUGCUGAGCACACAGUGCGGGCUUUACAGCGCACUGUCCCUGCUGCAGUUCCCGCCAUUGUUUUCUUGUCUGGUGGGCAGAGCGAGGAAGAGGCUACCAUCAACCUCAAUGCCAUGAACAAGCUUAAGGGGAAGAAGCCAUGGAGUCUUUCCUUCUCAUUUGGACGUGCCCUUCAGCAGAGUACUCUCAAGGCUUGGGCUGGCAAGGAAGAGAAUGUGAAGGCGGCUCAAGCUGCACUCCUUGCCAGGUGCAAAGCCAACUCUGAGGCAACCCUUGGCACCUACAAGGGUGAUGCUCAGCUUGGUGAGGGUGCCUCUGAAAGCCUCCAUGUCAAGGACUACAAAUACUAGAAAGUGCCAGCUUUUUGGUCAGUUUUUGUUUAUGUUUUGCGGAGAAAAUUAUGUUGUCUUACUCUCAGGCAUAGUUUUAGAUUAUAUUCUUUAUCUUUCCUAGCGGAAUUUAUGAUGGAGAGAGGAAUAAAGCUUGAGGUGUUUGAACUUUGAACUGGUUUUGGUCAAUGCUUUGUAUGUUUGUCCUCGUUCCUCCUAGUUGAGAUUCAGGACUUCCUUUUGGAUUAUGUUUUCUCGUCUUUCCUUGGAUAAGUUUUUAUUCCACUGCACUUUUGCAACCUCA